AUGCCCUUCGAGGAGAGUCCCAACUCUUUCCUCUUUGGACUCAACCAGUUCACAUCUCCUCCCGCCGAUUCGCAGAACGAUAGCGCCAACAAUUCUCGGUCAGACAACAUGCUCGCCAACUUGGAUGCCUUUGCCGUGGCAGACGACGUUGCUGGCGGCUCCUCCAACAACGACAACACCGGCGCUCAAGCUCCCAACUUUGCCGAUCAGCUAGCCCUUUGGACAAACGCCAACUUUAGCUUCGAUGGUCCCACCGGUCACGCACUGCUAGGUGACGAGGAGAAGGAGAAGGAGGAGGCAGAGCACAACCGAAGACGCGAGGACGAGAACCGCCGCAAUCAGGAGGAAGAGCGCGAAAGGCUCGCAAGGAACGCUGCAGCGAGCUCUCGCGGCAGCCAUGCGCUUCGCGGCAAAGCGCGCGACGUCGACUCGAACGCUUCGGGCUCAAAUCAGCCCUACCAACCGACAUCCCAGCCGCACACACCAGGGCAGCAUCCUCCACAACAGUCCCACCACCCGCAGCAGCAACAGCAGCAGCAACAACAGCAACAGCAUCACUCCUACUUUCCCGGUGCACCCAACUUUAACGCAGCCGUCCGGCCGUCGCCAGCCACCAAUCCUCCUCCUGGCCCCUUCCAGCUCUUCAACGGCUUUUCCAACCUCCAGCAGCCGCAGGCCUCUCAACCUGGCUUUGGCAGCCCAGGCAAUCUUGACAUGACCUCGGCUCUGGCUUUGCAGCAUCUCUUGGCCAGCAACCCGCUUGCCCUCGCCAGCUUGAGUCAGCUCGCCGGUCUCACCAACCCGCAACUGCAGUCGCACCUUGCGGGUAUUGUCAACGCAGGUGGGGGACUCGGUGCAUUCAACGCAGCACAACAAGCUGCGCCGCCUCAGCAGCAAACUCAGCCGAACCACAGCAACGGCGCCGCCAGCACCGCUGCAUCGCCCUGGCUCGGCGCUCAGUCUUUGGCAGGCUCGCGUGGCAACAGCAUCAGCGGUCCUUCGCCUCAGAACGUCAAUUGGGGGUCGCAGCUCGGAGGUGGUGCCCUUCCACCAACUUCUCCCGCUCAGAUGGCUGCUCCCACUGCUGUCGUCAACGGCCUCACCAAUGGUGUCGCCCCACACUCCAGCUCCAACGAGUCUUCACACCGCCCCAGCGACGAAGCCGGCCCGUCUGCAAACGCCUCUGCUCCCUCUAAGAAAAAGCGCACAAGCACAUCCGAAGGCAAGAAGCCCCAGAUCGACGCAGACCCGGACGACUCGGACGAGAUUCUCGGUCGACUCGAAGAUGUCGAACGACGCUACGAGAUCCCUCCGCUCAAGCUCAUCGACACGGGCAACCCCGAAGCGGACGCCGAAGCCAACCGGCUCGCCAUCGAAGAAGACAAGCGUCGUCGCAACACGGCUGCGUCCGCGCGUUUCCGCAUCAAGAAGAAGCAGCGCGAAGCGGCAUUGGAGUCGGCAGCCAAAGAGCUGCAACAGCGCAUGGCGGAUCUCGAAGCCGAGAAUGCCAGAUUGAGGACCGAAAACGGCUGGUUGAAGAGUCUGAUCACCGUCAGACCUGAUCAGGCCAUGCCCGGCGGGUUGGAUCAGAGCGCUGUGCCUAAUCCUUUUUCCAAUCUGGCAGGUCCAAGCGGAAGCGGGUCGAGGGGUUCGGGAGCUCCGACCGCACACGCAUCGCCUGUCACGAACGGUGAUGCUCAGUUUCGCGCGGACACCCCGGACAGGCAGAGUGGAUUGCAUCCCAGAGGUGUAGGUACGGCAGAUGGUGGCAGUGAUACUGGGAAAGGAAAAGGCAAUGCAAGUAAGAAUGCGAAUGGAAGUACGGGUGCUCAGCUCAAACGCGAUCGCGAAGAGUGA